CCCCCAAUGGUCGCACGGCUUCGCGCCUUCUGACACUCGAUACAAUCUGCCGUUUAUCACCAGCAGCACGAUGAAAGCAACAAAGGAAACAACGCAAUUACUGAGUGACUGGGUCAUAUCCAGAAUCGAUAACAGCACUCAAGAUCCAAACGUCGGCUUUGUUGAAACUCUAUAUCAUACCUGCUCAACUGCCCUAGUCUAUCUUUGGAGAUCACGAUUUCGAUUAACACCGCACGACCCGCAUAAGAACACCUUGAAGAAGGAUGUAGCGAACAUCCGACUAUGGGAAGAGAACUUCCUCCCGGUCACCUCGACACCAUUCUGGGACAAUCAUACGAAUGUGGUCGAAAAUUUGAAGGGGAUCGGCAAUAUUCUGAUGCCCUACUUCGCGGGCUGCGACAUAACCACAACUAGCGGACAAAACGAAAGGACCUCCGCAUGGGAUCUCUCACAGGAACUUUAUACUCAGUUAGAGAAGGCAACAAUAAUGCUUUCGGCUGAAGAAAGUUCUGACUCGUCUUCAGAUGACGAGGUUUCCGACGAUUCAUCUUCAACCACUGAACGCGAACAAAAUCGCUUCGGACGAAUCCACUGUUAUGUCAGCUGCUUGAUGGAUCUCGUACCAGUGAUCGAAAAGCAUAUUUCUCUUUUGCAGUAUAAAGUGGAACCACGGCCAACUCCCCUUGAUAAUGUGAUUCGUUUAUCAGAGAGUGCGCGGCCUUUUGCCAUGCGCAUCCGAGACCGAUUUACAAUUGCACUAACUCCCCUGGUGGAGCGACUCGCAGAGGCUAACUGGGAAAGGUCCAUCCGUAUCAGAGCGCAAGAAGAAGAACCAUAUCUCGCGGACCAUGACGCUCUGACCUUAUUUAAGCCCUACUCCCUGUUCAAUGAUUCUGGUCUUGGGACAUCUGUUCCUACAAGGUCGCAGUAUGCCGCCACUGCCGCCUCCCAUACUUCAUUCCUCUCAAUUGCCGGAAAAGAGGCCCAUGGUCGCCCCCGAGUGCCUUCUCUACCGCAGGAAGGCGGGAUUCCUUUUCAAUGCGACUACUGUCGUAAAACCGUAUCUCUGCGAAACCGGAUUGAGUGGAAAAUACAUGUUUUCGCGGACUUGCAGUCGUAUCUCUGCACACAUGCAGAAUGUGAAGACGCAAUGAAAACAUUCCCAAGCCGUAAGUUAUGGGCUGAUCACGAAUUCAACGAACAUUUCACUCGAAUCCAGUGGCGCUGUUUUAUGUGUAAUACCACCACCGUCACCCAGCAAUUGUUUGUCGACCAUUUGAUUAUAUGCCACGACAUCGCACUGGCUAGGCAUCGUUUGACAGCAGCAAUCUCAGAAGCUCAAGAGACAGUCUUGAAACUGGAGUUCAAGGAUUAUAAGUGUGCGUUAUGUUCACAGGAUGGUUGGCAAACGAUGAAAGCGUACGCAACUCAUGUAGGACAACACCUGGAGGAAAUUUCAUUGGCAUGCCUUCCGAGAGACGAAAUCGGUAGUAGCGAUGUUGAUUUAAAUUCUGACACAUCAAGCAACGCGACGAAGGGAAGCUUGCUUGGACGCUUUUUUAUAGAUAGCCGAAAAGCUUAUACGGAUUUGGGAGGUGCAAAUGUCCCAGCUACAGGGCUUCCGGAUGCCCCAUCUUCAUUCGUCGAUACUACGAUUCGAUCAUCCAAGCAGCAGACGAAUAUGACACAGCUAAGCGUUGAGCGCACGGAAGAUCUGGCGAAUCAGGAUGUGGAACCUGACCCCGAAGCAGAACAGAAGCUCAUGGAUAACACACUCCCUACUGAGGCUGUUGAAGUGCUUGAUGCGAGAAGCAGCAGGGAAGUCCAGGUCAAGCACACUUCAUCAUCGAAGCAGCAGUCACUGUCACCCCUUCAACAACAUCUGACACCACCGGUACCACAGCCCUACCCGGUAUCCUACCCAGCAGAAGACUAUCCCAGGCCUGUACAGGAUGUCGAACCUCGAGCAAAGGAAGACAUGGAUGUCUUUGAUGCUUCAGCGUCGACUGAGAAACCGGAGGUCGGUUAUGGAUCGUUAAAGCCCACAAGCUACUGGUCGGUGCCUGAACAACGCGACUUCAAAAUGAUGCUGUCCCACUUCGGUCGAGACUUCGAAGGCAUAUCCAAGUUUAUGAAGACGAAAACCACAGUCAUGGUGAGGAAUUUCUUUCAACGGCGUCUCGACUCCGGCCAAAAAGAGUUCGAAGAGAUUGUGGCAGAGGCAGAAUCCAGGAAAGCACGCGGUGAGCCAACAGGCUCGCUUCCGGUUCCCAGUGUGGCGCCUAAGCGGCAUUAUGAAGCAACAUACCUAAAUAUCACGCAUCAUCGACCACAAGUAGAUGGUCUCCUCUCGUUGGAGGCUGAUCAUUUGGUGGUUCCUGCCAGUCUGUCGGAGAAGACCCAGUCGACGUUUAACAAUCAGCAGCAGGAUCAGGAGAGAGAGCGGCGACGCGCGAUCGAGCAGCGGCAGGCAGAGGAAAAUGCGAAAGAGGGAUCGCGGAGACAACAACUUGCUGCCCCGCAGGCGCAGGACCAACUCUCUGCGCAACAGCAACAAAAUCAUCAGGGUGUUCCUAAAGUUCCUCAACACGGCCAGCACCCACAGAUACAGGGUCAACAAGACGAGCCACACCAAUGCAAUCUGCAGUUAACAGCCCAAGAACAGCAGCAAAUGACGAUGCCAGCCGCACAAGCGAAUAGUGGCAAAAUGGGUCAAAACGGACUGCCCAUGAACCAAGCACAGAGGUACACCCAUCUCUACCAACAACGACUGCUUCGCAUGCGACAUGAUAUGUCGACACGCUAUAUGGCUCAGUAUGGCCCGCCAAACCAGUACCCUCCCAGUGUUGCGCAG